AAAAACAAUAAUGGUUAACUCUAAACUUAGCAAAUUAUCAACAAAACACUUGAAAUAUUAAAUAAUAAGAAUGAUCAACCAUAGAUAAGACGCCUACAUAUAUGAAUUAUUUUAAUCAUAACACGUGGAAUCUUGAUUAUGUUCCAUAUUAAUUGUGUCGUGUUAGCCUUAUUAACAGUGUUUUUAUGGCAAAGUAAUGGGAUAAAUGCCAAAUCACCUUUGAAUAUAGAUGCUAACGAAAUAGAUUGUGAUAUAUGUAUGGGAGUAGUAUCUCUUGGAAAAUUGUUUCUUGUGUCACCAAUCAUGGAUAGUAUAAAGAAAAUGCUUAUAGAAAAAUUUUGUUCAUUACCCGGGAUUAUGACAAGAAGAUGUAUUCAUUGGGGAUAUCAUCAAGUAGACGAAAUAGUCUUUCAUUUCAUAAAACAAAGUUCAUCGAAACCAUGCAAAUAUCUUUCACUGUGUUCAAGGAAUAUUUCUCAAAGAUUAACGGGUUGAGUACAAAUGACACUGUGUGCAUGGGGCGAAUUUCAGUGGAUAUAUUAAAAAAACAAUGUAAAUCCAUAGUUUGUGUAACGGGUUUGCUAAUAUAUUUAUUCUCAUUAUUAUAAAAUGUCAUACAUAUAAAUCAAGAUGAACCAAAUUCAAAGGAUUAAAUAAACCCAUCCUACUUCAAGGCUUCUCAUCAGCUGCAGACAAUCAUUAGUUAAAGAGUAAUAUGAUUGGAAAUGUUGGUUUCAAAAAUUUUACUUAGUGAGAUCAUGUUAGAAGCUAAAAUAAUGAUGUCAGGCAAACAUUUUGCUGCUCUGUGAUCUGAUUCUAGAUCAGAAGGUUGCUGUUCGAAUCACAUCAGACUCACCACUUUGGUGGCUUGUAUUCUGAGUACCUGUUUAAACGAAUGAGCGAGUAUACCAUGGACAUAUAUCUUCCG